UUUAGCCAUUUAAAAUUUGAUCACACAAAUAUUCAACGUUGUUUACAAAGAUGGAAGUUAAUGUCUUGGAUUGGAUGUGUAUCUCAUUGGAAAGCACCUGCCCCUAUAAAUUAAGCCCAACAAUUUGGCGAUAUUUCCUCCUUCUCGCCUCCUCUGUCCUCUCUUAUAUAUCUAUCAAUAUCAUAUUCUCCUCUAUCUUCCUUCCAUAGGCAAAAUUGGUGUGUCCAAAACAAAAACAAAAACAAAAACAAAAACAACCCCAUGAAGGCAUGAACCCGGACGGUGAAGGUAGGAAUAGGAUGGCGGCGGGGGGCGGAAUCGCGGAAAGGGCGGUGGCGAGCUUGGGAAGAGGGUUCGACCUGACCGCCGAUUUGAAGCUCAAAUUCUGCAAAGGCGAGGAGGGGGGGCGGCUGGUCGAGCUGAACGAGGCGCAGGGGAGGAGGGACCUUCCGAUCCCCGGGUACGGAGUGGUGGCGGCGGCGGCGGGCUGCAUCCGGUGCGACAAGGGGGAGCGGGUGAGGCUGAGGCCGGACGUGCUGGAAUUCGGGCAGAUGUCGGAGCUGUUCAACCACAGGUGUUCCGUGUCGGGGAAGAUACCGUCGGGGCAUUUCAAUUCCAUGUUCGGGUUCGAGAGCGGGUCGUGGGGACCCGACGCCCGUAACACCAAGUUGCUGGGGCUGGAUGCCUGUUACAUCACUCUCUUUAAUGUUCAUAUCCAUCGAUACCCGCUCCGCCUCCGGGACCAGGUCCGAGACCAGGUGCCCUCUGCUUGGGAUCCCUCUGCGCUUGCCAGGGUUCAUAGAGAAGUAUGGGACACACAUAAUCGUAGGGUUGAGCGUCGGAGGGAGCGACGUGGUGCUGGUGAGGCAAGACAAGUCGUCCAAGCUGUCCCCAUCCCACCUAAAGCAACACCUCGACGACCUCGCCCACCAGCUCUUCACUGGUUCCUGCGCUUACACCCCCAAAUCCAACCGACCACCUACCUCCUCCAAAUUCAAGGCACAUCCGGCUUUCAAUAAUGUGUUCGAUCCGCAGACUAUCUCAUACGACAGCUUCUCCGCUAUUACUGAAAAAGAUGGAAUUAGUGUGAUGUGCAAGAGGAGAGGAGGGGAUCCAAGUGUAAGCAGCCACUGCGAGUGGCUUCCAACGGUGGCGUCAAUGCCAGACGCCAUUCAUUUCGACUUCAUCCCCAUCACCUCUCUCCUUAAAGGCGUUCCCGGCAAAGGCUUCCUCUCCCAUGCCAUCAACCUUUACCUCAGAUACAAGCCACCUUUAUCAGAUCUGCAAUACUUCUUGGACUUCCAGUCCCACAAGAUGUGGGCUCCCGUUCACAAUGACCUCCCACUGGGCCCAACCGGGAACAUGACCAAUUCGGCCCAAUCUCUCCACUUCACUUUCAUGGGCCCGAAACUCUACGUCAAUACAGACAAGGUUGUAGUUGGAAGCAGACCAGUUACUGGAAUGCGAUUCUUUCUGGAAGGCAGGAAAAGCAACAGGUUAGCCAUACAUCUGCAACACCUUUCCACCACACCAACAAUGCUGGCAAACAGGAUCAGUACCCCAUCCUCUGCCAUCUGGCACUCCUCCGACCAGACACCCAACCACGACGCCUACUUGGAACACAUCAACGGCAAGAACUUCGCCCACGUAUGCACCGCCCCCGUCAUCCACGACGACACUGCAACUAAUUCCUACUUCGUCACCGGCGCCCAACUGCACGUUAAGAAACACCACGGCGGCUUCCGCGUCCUCCACCUCCGCCUCCACUUCACCGAGGUCGCCGCAUGCUUCAUCGUCCAAUCCACCUGGGCCACCCUAUCGCAAUGCUCAUCUUCACCUUCUUCCUCGGAGCUCGCCAUGGCGUCGCCCAUAUCUGGUCGGCUGUUCUCGGCGAUAAGCUCGCCCAACAAGGAGCAAGAGGCCGCCACAAUGGUUGUCCUUGAUUCCGGGGUGUUCCCGACGGGGCCGCCGCCGCCGCUGCACGCUCAAAGAAUGUUGAAGUUUGUGGAUACGUGUCAGAUGAGUAAGGGCCCACAGGAUAGCCCGGGGCAUUGGUUGGUGACGGGAGCCAGGUUAGGGGUUGAAAGAGGAAAGCUUUGUAUGCAAGUCAAGUUCUCCUUGUUGAAUAUCAAUACUAGUGAUGCUACUAGUACUAGUUAAUUAACUAGUAAAUAUUUUGCUGCAAAUCCUUGUUGAUUAAUUUGACUUUCCCUCAUAUUCUCCUAGUUAGUAAAAUGAAUUCCUAAGG